UGGCCACUAGAUUGUGGAGGACUUUUACYAGUUCUACUAAAAUGAUUGCUAUUUGUUCGAAAAAUAAUUACUUCAGUGCAUUCAAUCAUGUCAAAAAAAGUAAAUUGAGUUUAAAUKGUAUYRAUUCCAGUUUUUUUCGCAACAGAAAGAGCCAAGAACCAGCAAAGUCAGCAUUUCAAGAUUUCUUACCAUCAAGAUCAUUAUCUACUUCAUCCUCCUUAAACAAGUAUUAUGUUAAACCUAAUUAUCUUAAAAAGUGUGGAAGAAGAGACAUGAAAAGAAGAAAAAUGGUCCAAGAYCAUGAAGUUCAAAGAGCAAGCCUACGGAUGAUAAAAAAGAGUGACAUUCUUCCCUCAGGRGUACGGCACAAGGCAGCUGAGGAUUUACGUAAUCUUCCUCUGAACAGCAGUCUUACUCGUGUUCGUAAUAGGUGUGUGCUAACAGACAGGGGACGUGGCAUUGUUGGCAGGUUUAGAGUAUCAAGAAUGAUGUUUAGAUAUUUUGCAGAGAAGGGACUUAUUGCUGGUGUCCAGAAAGCUCAGUGGUGAUCAUAGUUCAUAACUGUAUUUCAACAACAUUGUAUGAUUUGCACAAAUUGCAUGCUAUCAUUUAUUAAAGAAAGGUGGAAGUAAAAUUGUGACAGAAUGAGAAAUGAUUAGAA